AUGGGCGGCCAGCGGACUAUAACGUCGACGUGGAUGGGGACUGGCCAACCUGCUACCUCUCGGUCACCGGCGAAAAAGGGCGUCUCGUACAACUGGCAGCCUGCUACGGCCCAGCCCGCUCUUCAGUCAACACCUGCUCCCAAACCGACACCAGCUCAGCCAACACCUGCUCAGCCUGCUCCUCAGCCUCAGGGUCCUACCGGUCAAGCAACGGCAGCUCAAACCCCUGCUGUUCCCGUCACCAAGGACACUGCAGCUUCAGCCCCUACGUGGGUGACCAAUGAUCCUGCACAAGUCUUCGAGACACCAUCAUGGUCCGUCGCCAUCGCACCGCUUUGGGAAAAGGUCGAGUCUCUCCCGUAUCUGCCGCCUGGAACUCAACUGUGGGAUGCCGCGGCUUCUGUUCAUGUCUGGGCAACCAAUGACCCUGCGCUGGUUUUCAAGAUACCAUCAUGGGCCGUCACCAUCGCGCCGCUCUGGGCAUCAGUUGAGUCUCUGCCACGUCUGCCGCCUGGAACUCAACUCUGGGAUGCCGCAGCUUCUGUCUAUUUCUGGGCAACUAAUGACCCUGCACUGGUCUUCGAGACCCCGUCGUGGUCCGCAGCUAUCGCACCGCGCUGGGCCACUGUUCAGACUUUGCCACAGCUACCGCCUGGGACUCAAGUUUGGGAAUUCAAGGGCUCACUGGUCCCAGUUGUUCCUCAGCCUCCUGCAAGCAAUGACUCGAAACCAAUUCCUGCCGAUCAACCGACUUCGUCCCAUCCGCCGACGAAGCAUCAGCUUACGAUUCCUUCCGUCCAAGCACCAACAGAAGUCAUCCAUGAAUUUUCGUUUGACGAUUCCAUGCAAGCUCUCGUGGGCCAGUUGGUUACAUGCCAUGUGUCAGAGCCCGGCACAUGGGCUUGGUCAGAGCCAAGUGUCUUCGGCAUGUUCAUCAGGGACAAGAGCAAGCGCGAGAGCUUCCAUGCGCAUCUGGUCACCAUGGCGAAUACAAGGCUUCCAUCGAGUGACAGCAACGACGGGUUGAACAACGUCGAGCCCCAGCGGGGUGCCCAAGAAGCAGUCAUCCCACAGAGUUUGACUGCCCUUCCCACUACCGAGGACAAUGGCUCGCCGUCUGCCAGCCCUGAUGCAAUGGUCCAGGAACAGCCUUCAGUGGUGGUGGCUUCUCAGGAGAAUUCUGCUGGGCCUCAGCCCGUAGAACAAGCUGAUGUGCCAUUCCCAGACCCACCGCAAACUGCUACGGUCGCGGGUGUCCCCAACGAGAACGGCAGCUCCGAAGAGGUCAUGGAGACCGAGGAAUCGCAGUCCACCGAUCAGGGCGUCGCUGAACAGAUUCAUGUCCAAUUCUCCGGCACAGCACAAACUACUGCGGUCAUUGGUGUUCCUAAGAAUGGCGACUCAGACGAGGCCAUGGAGAUGGAGAGCUCUCAGCCCACUGGUGAAGGCAAGGAUGUUGCUGCACAGGGCGAGUCCGACCUCACAGCCAGCACGUUUCAAUUCGACAACGUGCCCCAGCUUUUUGCAGAGGUCAACAAUCCGUUUACCAAUGCACCGACCUUCCCAACCAGCAAUCCCCUAGUUACUGUCCCGCAGUUCGGUGGCCAAGUGCCCUUUUCUAUGGCGCCGACUGCAAAUGAUACGGCUUCGCAGGAACAGCCUUACGAGGUCGGUAGCGACGAGGACCCGAACGUCGAUCUUGAGUUCGACUUCAGCAAGCAUUUCAGGCGCGCUGCUCGAGCUCCUGCUGACGCUACUCCCGGCGCUCCGCCUGCUUCCAUUUCCCCGGCUGCUUCCUCUGCUGAGGUUCCAAGCUCUGCUGAGACCUCUUCUUCCUCUUCUGACGCGUCUCCUUCUUCCGAGGAGAUUUCCACACCCGAGGCUUCUCCUCCCGCUGAGACUCCUCCUUCUUCUGAGGCGUCUUCUCCCACCGAGUUAUCUCCUCCUGAUAAGGCUUCUCCCGCUCUCAACGCCCCCGCUGGUCCCAUUUCUCAAGCCUCUACUACUGUUUCGGCUGUGACGGUUCCUUUUUCUCCUCCCCCACUUCCCUCUGGCGGCCUUGAUCUCUCUGCUGUCGUCCCUCCGCCUGUUCCUCGAGGGGACAGAAAGAGGAUCAGGGACGCGGAAACCGAAUGGAUGUACGACCAGGAUUGCGAUCACUACGCCAAGGUGACUGUACUCGGGUGGACUCCUGCUGAAAUGAUGCAAGAGCAGUAUGAGCUGAGGAAAAUCAUGCUUGCACAAAUCAAAGCCAAUGCGCACAUCGCUUACGAUGAGGAGUAUGCCCUGCAGAUGAUGAACGAUAUGUUCUACGACAUCCUGCCGCGCCUCAUGUCCGAGCUCCUGUUCCCUCUUACCGAGUGGACAGAAGCCGAGCAAGAAGACGAAGCGAAAGCCUUGGUGGACUCCAUGCUCGAGGAGGAGCUCAACGAGAGGAGCUUCGAGAUAAUCCAGGAAGCGUAUAAGCCGAGCUUCCGGGUCAAGUUCCCCCUCUGUCGCGAAAACCUCUUCGAAGUCUUCUCCGAAUGGUACUUGAAGUUCCUCGCAUAUGAGCUCCCCUUCGUCGUUCACAAUAUGACAAAGGAAGAGAUCUUGGGCUUGAGUGAGCCCUUUGAGGAUGCCAUCUGGAAAUACAUGGAUGGUCAUCCUCCCAAGGACCGAGCUUGA